AGUUUCGAACAGGGAGAUGGGAAAGGUGCGGAGGAAUCCUUCAGUGACAGCGAGGAAGAGGACGAGUACGGCUACACCAGACGUGAAUGGCAUGAACCUUAGCGGACGCAGUCACCUCAACGCUUCCACCGUCAUCAAAGGUGUGAACACACCAGUGGUCAAACUGGUCACACACAGUUGGGAUCACAAGGCCUUGGAUUUGGGAUUCAGGAGGACACAAAGAACGACAGACAUGGGAUCUAUGUCAAGAGCAUAACUCAGGGGGGUAUUGCUGACAAGGACAACCAGUUGGAAGUUGGAGAUGAAAUCUUAGAAGUUGGAGAGAAAAGUUUAUCUGGCCUGCACUAUGACAAGGCUAUAGACAUCUUGCGAGCCGCCCAGGGAUCCGUGAGAUUAAAAGUUCGCAAAGUGAAUCAGGGAACUGUGCCGGGGUCUGCGUCUGUGGCCAACUCGGGUUCGUCUCAGAACAAAAUGCAGCUGCUCAACACACUGGGAGAAUCCACCACUGACCCGGGAGAUGCAGAAAAUGACGGCGACCCUCGGACCUGUCCCAUAGUCCUGGGGAAACGCACGUACAUAGAGAUAGAGAAGGGCAAGACAGGACUGGGACUCAGCAUUGUGGGUGGUUCAGAUACUCUGCUGGGUGCCAUCAUCAUCCACGAGGUCUAUGAAGACGGAGCAGCAGCCAGAGACGGAAGACUGUGGGCUGGAGAUCAAAUCCUUGAAGUUAAUGAGGAAGAUCUUACGGAGGCAACACACAACAGAGCUCUUCAGGUCCUCCGACAAACCCCACCCAUCGUCAAGAUGGCUGUCUAUCGUGACGAGAGUCAAGUGAGAGAGGAAGACAUAUUGGACGUGUUCUCCGUCGACCUGGUCAAGAGGCCGGGCAAAGGACUCGGGCUCAGCAUUGUGGGAAAGAAGAACGACGUGGGAAUCUACAUAUCAGACAUUGUGAAAGGAGGAGUUGCCGAAGCUGACGGUCGCCUCAUGCAAGGAGACCAGAUUCUGGCAGUCAACAGCGAAGACAUGAGAAGUUCCACACAGGAGUAUGCUGCAGCUGUGCUCAAGACCCUAAUGGGCAAAGUGAACCUGACCGUGGGCCGCCUCAAGGCUGGCUCAAAGGCUUCCUCCAGGAAAAACUCCAACCACGGAACUUCCCUGAAGAAGUCAGACUCUUCCGUCAGUAACAAAUCAAAAGGCAGACAUUCCAAAAAUGCAAGUGAAGAUGCAAGCCAUUUGAGAAUAGUGGACUUGGAGCAAGACGUGUCCGGUUCAUUUGGUCUGAGUAUAGCGGGCGGUGUCAACAGUCCUAUCGGAGAUGCCCCAGUCAUCAUCGCGUCGAUGAACCCGACAGGACCUGCAGCCAUCUCACAGAAAUUGAGGGUCGGUGACAAGAUCCUGAGCGUCAACGGAGUGUCCACCGAUGGCUGGUCACAUGACCAGGUGGUCAGUAGCCUUAGAGCCUCCAAGAAGAUCACACUACACGUCAUGCAAGGUGAAGCAGUGUCCAUCAGCGGUCAGAGGUCCCGACAAGUCAGCGGUGAUAUGUCGGACAUGACCCUGAAGGAUGUCAACAUUGAGAUGGACGAUGAUGGCCAGCCUCCUCAGUUCAAAACCAUCAUGCUGAAUAAAGGCCCGGAGGGUUUAGGUUUCUCGAUAGUAGGCGGCCACGGGAGCCCGCAUGGAGAUCUGCCGAUCUAUGUGAAGACAGUUUUCAACAAGGGGGCUGCUGCCGAUGAGGGCUCGCUGUCCCGGGGAGACCAGAUCCUCUCGGUUAAUGGGCAGUCGCUGGAGGGGUACACGCACGAAGAGGCUGUUAACAUUCUCAAGAACGCGCAAGGCAUUGUCACCUUAGGCAUCUUGUCUUGACGCUCUUAAUGAAUUGCUUCUGUAGUGUUGUCUCGUCUCACAUGCACUGUGUCUAUGGUCUCAGCACGGUUACAAGUCAGUCGGUUUUUUAGAAUUAUAAUUUAUAAGGUCUCUUUGCUGCUUUCUUUUUAAUAUAAGAAAUUCUAUUGUCUUGAAAAAUGUCAAGAUUAUUUUAUUUUAGUAAAACGCUUUUCAUUAAACACUUUUGUCCCUUAAAAAAACAAAUUUGGUGUGAAGUUAUCUUUUCGUUUGAAAGGUGAAGAGUAAACAACAAAGCUCAGUCAAAGGGACAAUGUCAUCAAUCCGAAUGAAAAGCGUACAGAUUUUAAGCAAACUUCUUUUCAUGCCUUGUUGCAAGACAUAUUUUAAAAAUAAUUUUAGUUUAUGAUCUGCAGGAUGCCUAGGGGAAGUAAUAUUUUUUUAGAUCAGUUUCCUAAGCACUGUUCCUCGACCGAUCAGUGGAUCCUAGACACAGUGCCUGUCUGACUCUGUGUUGGCUACUGACUGUUGACUUGACCUGCUGCUGCCUACUUUUGAUUACCGUGUGUUUACCCUGAUCAUUACUGGACACAAGACAUGCAAACUUUAGACAACAAUGGACUCAAUACUUUAUGAAUUCAGAAUAGUCUCAUUAAAACUCCUUGUGUACUGCAGACUUUGUUGAACGUUUAGCACUAAUCUUUGGGUGCGAGGCAUGGAACCAGUGAACCACUCAUAUGUUGAACUUUUUGAUUUGGAACAAGUCACUUUUACUUUAUUGUCACCUGUAGGGAGACAUUUGUGACACAAUUUCCCAUUUUGAAUCAUCUUUUUUUACAGCUUGCAGUGGUUCUCAAAAGUCAUAUAUGGACGUAUCUAUUGCUUGUGACUUCACAGACAUUAAGCUACGCAAGCAAAGUUAUUGAAAAAGUCUUAAAGUUUUUGAAGGGAAAUUAUUUGUACCCCGUUUGUCAACCAUCAGCUGUAAUGAUUCAUACCAGAUCAACAUGAGAAAUCUUCACUGACGAUGACUCAAAGUGCCACAAUGACUCAGACAAGCAAUUUUGUGUUUCAACAUAGUUAGAACUGGACCACAGCAGGAUAAUCUUUGCUUAUCAAUGUACAAU